GCCCAAUGGCCCACUGCAUGCUCUUCCCGUUCAUCUCACCUGCGCAACACGUUCAAAUCAGGCGAUCUGGCAUGAUGUGAACAUUAACCGCAACAACCACCGAUCCUGCCAUUCAGGUCCCGUGUCACACACAGCCGCGCAUUUACCGGUUACAGUUUUGUGACGUUGGCACUAUAUCUAAAGUCCACAAAAGAGACUGAUGAGAGUCUGACAGCUUCAUUUGGAUUGUGUUUGAUUUACGGGGCUUCAGCUUUCCUGAGGAAAUCACAGUCACAUAUUUCUAAAAUCUGGAGCAGAAAUGGCGUCCUCCAUUCAUCACGGCCGACGCAACAGCAUGAACAUACCUCCUGAAAUAGCUGAUCUUCUGAUUCUCAAAAAUGAAUUUAUUAAACUUUAUGAGAAAGAUCAUCCUGAACUCCAGCAGUGCAUCCAGAAUCUACAUCGUAUCAUGAGAACAUUUGAAGAAGACUUCACAGGUUCUACUGAAGGCUCAAGAAAUGCAGGAGGUUGGGGAAUAGCAGGAGGAACUACUGUGAUUGCAGGAAUAUUAGAAGUGGCUUUAGCUCGAUUCACUCGUGUGGCAUCUUUAGUGGCUGCUGCUGUUUUGGGUGCUGGUGCUGUUGUGGGAGGUGCUGGUGCUUUUGUUGCAAGUGCUGGUGCUGUUGCGGGAGGUGCAGUUGUGGGAGGUGCUGGUGCUGGUGCUGUUGCAGGUGCUGGUGCUGUUGUGGGAGGAGCAGCGACGGUCACAGCUGCUGUAAUUAAAGGUGAAAAGAGUAGCUCUACGAAAAAUAAACAACUGACAGAGUUUAAACAAAACAUUGAAACCGAAGUGAGGAAAUUUGAAGAGAAAAUCAAGCCUAUGGCUGAGAAGAUGACAGACCUUAAUGAGCAAACUGAGAAAAUAAUUAGAUACUUUGAAAAACUACAGCAAGACUUCAAUGAUUUUCUAAUAUUUGUUGACCCCACCAGUAACAAACACAACAUACGGAUAGAAGACUUAAAAGAAUUAACAAAAGAAAUGUCUGGAAGUAUAUUUUUGAUUGCGGACAUAGCAGAAACUGUUGGCCGUGUUAGGCUUUUGCUUGAUAUGAUUACAGUUUUUGAAAAUACCAGGGCUCUCAAUGACAUGAAAGAACUAGCUGAAAGACCCAGAGAUGAAGAAGUAGAUGAAGGGGAGAUGACGUCACAGGCUGGGGAAUUUAUUGCAGGAAUGAGGAAUGCAAUUCAUCAGUUACAGAAUACCACUGAUAACCUUAAGAAAACAAAAGACAAAAUGGAAGUUUUGAGGGCACAGCCUGACAAACAAAAUAAUAUGAACAGCUGAGGGACAGACUAGACCCCAACUACUGAUCAACAUAGUUUUGAAUGAUUUGAUUGUGUCAUUGUCCUACAGUGUCUAGUCCUUGUAUUGUCAUCAGUUAUUAAGUAUAGACCGAUCAUUUUAUCAAGUGACUGUAAAUAGGACAUUGUCAAUAUGUAUAUAGGAUAAGAACGUGGGUCAUGGAGAGCCACAGGUUCAACUUUCAUCAAAUAUACCUGAACAAACUCAUGAAGGUCUGAAGACUUACUAGAAACUACAAGAUUUUAUCAGUCUACUGUAUACUGUUUAUUUCAUUUAGUCAUUUAUAGUCAUUAUCGUUUAUAGUACUUUGGCUGUCCAAGAUGUUGGUCGCCCAUGAUUUAUAGGGGUUAAAGGACUUUUUUAUAUAUUUCAAAUGUAAGAUAAUGUGUUGUUCAGCAUUAUUGCUCAAACGUUCUGUAUUUCAUGUAAAAAUGUAUGUAAUUAGAAUGUGAAGAGGGGUUUUCAUUCAGAGGUUUCUGCAUAAGAGAUUCACAUGAAACAGCUGAUUCUUUAUUCUUUGAAUUCGGUUGAGAUUACCCAUCAACUCAGACCCAAGAGUGGACAGUUUACUUGACCAAAGGAGAUCAUCGCAAGUUUUUCAAUUGUUUGUCCCUCGACAUGUGUGCAGUGAA